AUGACAGGCUUUGUCCAGACGCAUGUGAGACCAUUCGCCGUGCAGCUCGGCAUGUGGCUCUCCAGCACACAUACGAUCAUGAACAUCCAAAUGUGGCCUCCCUUCCCAAUUGCUUCGUUAACCGUGCGGCAUGUACUGAUGAUCACAGGCGUGAUCGUGCUGACAUGGUGCUCGCCUUGGGCCACGCUACUGCGCAUGGCCGUAUGGCGCAGUGCGUUUGUGCGUCGCCAUGUGAUGUCGCUUGUGCGUGUACUUAGUGGCUCAGAGAGCUUGGCUGCAUCGCUGUACACGACGACAGUCACUCCGCAGCCAAAGCCUGAGCGAGCAGGUCCGCCAAAGACAAGUCACGAAACGGCGUUUGUCUUCGAAAUUUACGAAAACCAACGCUGGUGGAUCGGAUUGGACUGGACAGCGGCGCUCUUGCCGCACGAACGGCCCAGCUGGUCGGACAGUGACAACGAGGCCGUGGCGCCGCCCGCGUCGUUCUCAUUGCCCGCUGGUACGUGUGUGAUGAUGCCAUCGUCGCGAUUCCCCGGAAAGGAUGAUUGCCGCAAGUCUGAGUGGCGGUGGGUCGACUCGGAGUGGCAUGUCGCUGGCGUACAGACAAUUACGUCGAAUUCGUACAAGCCCGCUUCCAGCGUAGCGCCGUCUGAAGCGCAAAAAGUCAGCAAGGAGCUCUCGGACAAGACGACUGCAGCAGCCGAUAACAUCCAGAAAGAGCAGACAACAGAGGCCGUUGCACAGGUCGAGGAGGCUGCACACAACGCGCGUGACACAUCUGUCGAGACAGUGCCGGACGAGGUGAAGCGGUACGCGCGACAUGCGACAGAGCCUGGCGUGAGUAUGGAUGUGGAUGCCGAGGGCUGGCAAUACGGCGACAAUGCUUGGGACAAGCUCAGCAAGCAGAGUGGCAUGGGCCGCUACACACGCCGCCGCCGCUGGCUUCGAAUGGCCGUGCUUGUGGAGUCUGUAGAAUACGGUGUGCAACGCUGCAGCAGUAUGUAG